CGUGCACUCUUUUUUUGCUCGACAUUGUCCCCUAAAAUCCGGCUCUCUCGUACGUGUUUCAUAACCUCCGCGUUUGGUCUGUCUUAACCUCUCACAUUUCUGCUCAAGAACAAACGGUUUCAAUUCGUUUCAACAAUGGGGGGUUCGGGGAAGUGGAUCAAAUCACUGAUCACUCUCAACAAAACCCACUCCAACAACAACGAGGGCGGCGGAAAAAGCAGGAAAUGGAAGCUAUGGAGGAGUGCCUCCGGUGGGCUAACUAUGUCGUCUGCGAAAACCGGGAAAGGAGGGAAAUUUAUUGUCGGAGAUUCUGAGGGUUCUGAAUCUUCCUUCGUGUCUGAUAAUGGAGCUUUGGCCGCUGCCAUGGCCACUCUUGUCAGGGCACCGCACAGAGAUUUCAUGAUGGUCAAGCAAGAAUGGGCUGCCGUCCGUAUCCAGACCUUGUUCCGGGCCUUUCUGGCGAGGCGUGCAUUAAGGGCGUUGAGAGCAGUGGUAAGGAUCCAGGCUAUAUUCCGAGGUCGACAGGUGAGAAAGCAAGCUGCAGUUACGCUUAGGUGUAUGCAGGCUCUUGUUCGUGUUCAGGCUCGAGUUAGAUCCCAAUCUGGCCAAGGAUCUAUUGACGGUAUAGAGGCUGCUAAUCCAAUCAAGCAGGCCGAGAAGGGAUGGUGUAGCAGCCCGGGAACAGUAGAGGAACUUAAGUCGAAGUUACAAAUGAAACAAGAAGGGGCUUCGAGGAGGGAGAGGGCAAUGGCAUAUGCCUAUUCUCAAUUGCAACCAAGAUCAAAUGUGUCCUCGUAUUCGAGAGCAAACAAGAGGGUGACUCCAAAUAUGCUUGAUAACGAUAACGGUGGGUUUAGUUGGGUAGAAAGAUGGAUGCCAACCAAGCCUUGGGAGAGUAGGCUUAUGGAAGAUGGUUGCUCCUCAUGGAUGAGCCCAAUUUCCAAGAAAUCUGAAGAUUAUGGAACGGGAUCGUUCUCAAUGAAGAUAAGGAGAAACAAUGUUUCUACAAGGAUUUCUGCUAAAGAACCAAGAAGUGGGCAGCUUGUGUGGUCUGAUCAGAGUUCAGAUUAUCCUUAUGAUGAUAGAGCAACUACAGACUCAACAAUUUCAACACCCGAAACUCUCGGGUCUAGCAUCAACUUAGAGGAGGGAUAUAGUGUGAGACCAAGCUAUAUGAACCCUACUAAAUCUGUCAAGGCAAAAAAUAAGCAGAAAGCUUCAAAUCUAAGCUCAACAAGGAGACAGCCCAAUACCAAUCUUUAUUCAGUUAAUGGCUGCAAGGAUUUUUCUGCGAUAGAGCAAUAUAAUGAUGUGAAGAGUCAGUGAAGCUCGAACGAUAUUAUCACUAUAUUGUUUGAUGAGCACAAGAGUGACUUUAAUUCCGUUCUCUGGAUUGAGAGUUCAUUAGUCCAACAUAUCUUGUUGUCUAAAAUAUAGACAAAAGAGUGAUCUUAGUUUAUGUUUUUCUGCGUCGAGGUUCAACUUCUUGGUGUCUAGUUUAUAGACAAAAGGAGGGACUUUAGUUUGUAUAUAAUACGAGAGAUACACACGUUGUAAUCACUAAAUCAGUGGAAUGAUUGUUGUUUGUCUGAGUUUUCUGAAUGAUUUGUCUAAUGAAGUAUUAUGUUACCUCGGUUUUCA